AUGCCCUCACCCAUCAAGUCCCUCAUCGCCCGCAUCCGAAGGCGGAGGAAAUCCGAUAUGCGCUCUUCUAGUCAGCAGCAGAACCACACCCUCAACCACGACUCACCGUCCACCAGCAGCAGUGAACACGGCCAGUCUUCCUCACUCACCCAGCAAAUGGAGGGUCUCCUGCUCUCCACGAACCCGUUCAGCACAUCUCGUGAACCAUCAGCAGCAGCACCAGCAGCAUAUCACUUCGGCACCUCCCAGGACUUCACCUUUGAUUUCAAGCCCGCUUCGCCGACAGAAGAAUGGCCAGGACCCCCCUACGACUCCAACGCCCGCUUCGCACCAGGCGUCUUCGACAAACCCCGCUCCCUACGACCGAGGAGCAAGUUGCGAUCGCCUAAGCGGAAGCUCUCGCAGCACGACACGGCCAACUCUCCUCGCGUCGCUAAAACCCCACCGGCCAAACCGAGCGCAGAGAGCAAACACAGACCGACUUCCCGCCCAAUCCAAUACUACGGCACCCCACCCCGCCGCGAGCAACCCCUCCACCUCCUCACCCUUCCCGGCGAGAUCCGCAACCAAAUCUACCGCCUCCUAACAGUGCGUCGGGACCCGCUAAUCGCAUGCUUCAAACCCAUCAUCCGGCCCCACACCUCCUCCUCGUCGAGCAUCGUGAUCAAGCGCUUCCCCCGCGAGCCCUUGCUCGCCUUGGGCUGUCGACAGUUGCGGGAUGAAGUCCUCUCGACCUUCUACAGCCGGAACAGAUUCGUGAUCCGCCAAACGGACAACCUGGAUCUGAAAGCGCACUCACUCUUCUGGCCGUCGGAGUUGAAGGGAUGGACGCCGAAGUGGGGGAUGGCGGGUUCGCUGACGCAGGUGGAGGUGGUGUUUAAUGCGCGCUUGCCCGGGGGUGGGAAGGGGACGAGUGCGUUUGUGCUGAAGCGGGCAGGGGACGGGGUGGUAAGGUUCGAGCACAGGACGGAGGUGGAGGAGUGGUGUAUGUGCUUCGAUAAGCGGUUGCUCAAGACUUUGCGCUCGGAGCAUGGUGAAAUGGCUGGGGCGAAGGACCUAGUGCUUGUGGUCGAAGCGCUGAUUCAAAGGCGGAAAGAGUGCUUAGAAGCGGACGAAAGCAUGGUAGGGACGGGCAACAAGUUCCGGCCAAAGGGUUUGGAGUGUGAGGCAUGCGGGAAGGAGGUGGUGCGGAUAUUGGAGAAUGGGCUGUAA